AGUGACAGUUUAUGCUGCUGGCUUCACGUAGGUGAAAAUGAUUCUGACAACAACAAUAUCGCGUGUCAAACUAGUUAGCUAGAUAUUUGGUUGAAAAGUAACGAUUGUGUAACACUGGCAGAUAAAUUACAAUCAAAACACCGUUAGAUUGUCACAUUUGCGUAGACUGUGGUUGCUAGCAAUAGCACCGACAGGGCAAGUACACUGUACUACGCUCGCAUCAACUCAACAGCGCCGUGGAGGACUAGCUCGCUGGCUUGCUAGCUACUGUUUCCUCCAGCGAAGUGGCUCCGAUGGCGAAAAACACUCUUUCGUCGCGAUUCAGGAAACUCGACAUAGAUGAAUUUGAUGAGAACAAAUUCGUGGAUGAUCACGAUGAGGCUGUCGACAAUCAAGGACCCGACGGCGCAGAGAUAGACAACCUCAUCAGACAAGGUGACAUGAUGACAGCUUUUCACAUUGCUCUCCGGAACCCUCCUGUCAACACUAAGAAUCCAGCAAUAAAGGAAAGGGCUCUGGCAAUAGUGCUGAGAGUGUUGACGUCAUUCAAGUCCAGUGAAAUCGAGCCAGCUGUCAAGUCGCUAGACAGAAGCGGGGUGGACCUGCUUAUGAAGUACAUAUAUAGAGGCUUUGAGAAGCCCUCUGACAAUAGCAGUGCCAUUCUCCUACAGUGGCACGAAAAGGCUUUCGCAGUUGGGGGCUUAGGGUCGAUCGUAAGAGUUCUGACUGCCCGAAAGACAGUUUGAGGGGACGUGCUUUAUCACAUGGAGCAUCUCCUGCAUGACCACUGACAAGAGGAUUGACUGCCUUCUGUAUAAGGGAAAGUAGCUUAUUACCACAAUACAUUUCUUCCUGAGAAUAAAAACCCUUACACUACAUAAGUUAAAGACAAAAAAAAACAAAGGGAACAUUAUUUUCUGUUAGAAAAUACUUAGCUGUAACUAAGGAAAUUGAUAUUUGUUCAUGUAUAGGAUUAUCAUUUUUACCUAAUCACGAGUUUGUCGUUCUUUCGCCAUUGCAUUUCUUUCUAAUAUUCAUAAGUAUCAGCCUGUUUCUUUGAGGGUGGGGGAAGGAAAAUAGUUUCCCUAAUGACAUGAACAUGGCAGGUAAAAGGCUGUGCAUCAACUGUUACUUGGUACCAACGGUACCUUUAUACCUGUGUGUGUGUUGUGUGAGCUUGCGAGUAUGUCCUUUGGCUCACAGUGUUGAAUAUUUAGAUUUACGUUUUUCAUUGUCAGUUUUGUACAGACAUAAGUACAUUUAAUAUAAAGAGACAGAUUCUUUGAAUUCAAUUAAUUGGUGGGUGGGGGAUUUCAUUGUAAAGUGCCUGCUGCAAUAAAACUCAUGGAUCAUAUUAACUGGGAACAAGUGUCCUUGUCAUUUGCCCUCUAGUCUGCAGGUGAAUUUGGCUGUGGAACCUGUAUUCCUGUUCAGAUUGAACACAAUGGUACGUGUGAAUCUACAAACUAGUUCCAGAGAAACACAUCCAAAUAGUAUAUUUUGUUUUUAAUAGGAUUAGCUAUGCAAGCACAAAGGAGUCUUCAGUAACCCUAUCAUAUGCACUUAGAGCUGUGAGGAUUCCGAUUUUGGUCUAGCGGAAGGUAAAGUGGAAACCAGUAGGGAGGGGCUAGGGUAUAUGUGCAUUUGUGAACUAUCAAUUUAAAAAGUCUGGACCUAUCAGGAGGCAAGGUUGAAUUUAUAUUUUAAAAAGGUAAAGCAGUGUUGGCGGCAGUAAAGGUCAUUUUCAAUUGAGCCGACAUGCAGCCUUUACCAUGAAUGUAGUCUCCGCUGACGCGGGAACAUUGCCUUUAAAUCACACUGAACUUCCGCGAUAUGGAUUGAAUAGAACCCUAGAACAUUUCUGGUUAAGUAGCUAUGAAAGUUAAGCUCCAAGUGGCAUCUCUUCAUACAGGGUUUUAAACAAGUACACCUUACAGCCACCCAGAGAAUGAACCAAUGCCCCCACAAGCUAGGUGUCUAAUUGUAAUAGACAUAACAGGUAAAUUAUCUUCAUACAACCAUCACUGACGUCUACAACAUGUCGAUAAAUCAGAUUACUUAAUUAUGCUUUCAGCAACAACUGAAGACCAUCAAAAAGGGACCAUUGUAACACAGUGAAGACUUUUCCCCAUUUGAUAGCAUGCUAAUAAGUGAGGGACAUUGGUUUUGGUUAGAAAAAAAUCUUAAAAUUGGAGUGGUGUCUAAAUUCAUUCAGGGGCAUUUUCCACAUUGUUAAUGUCUUCAGUCCAAAGGCAUCUCUUGAUAUCUUGCCUAUGCCUACUGUAUUGUUGAUUGUGUGAAAUAAAUGUUUGAGUGAUGCUUUUGUAA